AUGUUUCACACAUGUGAAUUGCAGAUCCGGGGAAUGAACAUGACACGGAAGCUUAAAAGGAUGCAAAGGCUGUAUACAUGCAGUGCAGUGUCGCCCGGCAUUAAAAUGGAAAGUCUCGCACGCCACCACGAGUUGACACAAUGUAGAUAUCAUUCCAACAAGCAUUAUGGCAGCAAGAGCAAGUUUGAUUGGGCGCAUAGAAACUCGGGACAUUGA